AGCGGGCUGAGCAUGCAUGCCCUGGAUCGGGUGCCCUGCUAUUCCCUCGCCGCUGUUUCAUUUCCAGACCCCCCCGGGCUGGUCUGUGCUUGAUGUCAUUCUGCUUCUCUGUACGUCUCUGUGUUUUGUUUGUAGGAAGCGGCUGAAAUUCACCAACGUGCCAGAUGGCGGACCAACACUGCAGCGCCACCCCGGUCCCAGACGAGUCGGAACCGGACCCGGACCGGAGGGAGGCGAGGCGCGGCGCUGCCUCACGACAGAUCAAACCCGUCCCGUCCUCGGAGGAGCUGAGCUGUGGGUGAGCUCUGCCCCGGAGACCUCCCCCUCCUGUGUGCACAGCGCCCCCUCAGGCGAGGGCAGCUCCCUGCUCCUCUCCCUGCCCUGGGAGGUGCUGCUCCACUUGACCUCCUACCUGCCAGCGUGCUUCGUGAUCAACGUGCUGUCACAGGUCUGCCGCUCACUCAGGGCGCUCGCCUCAGACCGGCUCUCCUGGAAACUGCGUGCUCAGAGGAGGCUCCGCCCAGCGGGGGGCGGGACCUCCAGGGCCUUCCCCCUCCUCGAAACCCCGGACUUCGAUUGGCCCGCAGCCUGCCUGGAGCUCGAGGAGCACCUCUCCCAUUGGUCGGACGAGGGCAGAGGGGCGGAGCGCUUCUCGCUGAGCGAGGGGCACUUCGCCUCCGUGGAGUCUGUCUUAUUGUUAAACGGGGGCACUGUCUGCGCCUCGGGGUCCCGGGACAGGAACGUGCUGCUGUGGGACCUGAGGAGGGGGAGGGGGACGGGGGGGGAGGGGGAGGUUAAGUCUGCUCCUUACGUCACUGUGUGGGGUAAUCAGCGACACAGCUCUCACCAGGGCUGGGUUUGGUGCCUGGCUGCUCAGGGAAACCUGCUCUGCUCAGGCUCCUUCGACAGCACCAUCAAGACAUGGGACCUGGGGGCCUCUGGGGCCCCCGUGUCUGAGAUCAGGGGGCGGGAUGCAGUACUCUGCCUGUCCUGCCUCUCUGAUGUGGUGGUGGCGGGCUCCUUUGAUAAGAGAGUCUCAGUGUACGACCCCCGCUGUGAGGAGCCUCUGCUGCAGAGCCUGGAGCUGCACAGCAGAGCGGUCCUGAGCGUGAGCGCAGACGAGAGGCACAUCGUCUCGGGCAGCGAGGACCGCAGCCUGGCCGUGUUCGACCGGAGGGCAGGCAAGCUGCUGCAGAGGAUGCAGGUACCGGGACCCAACACAGGGGCGGCACUAGCACCUCGCUCCCACUCGAAAUGUUCUUACAGAAUUAUUAAUGAAUCACUUAGCAGAAGCUUUUUAUCCAGAGAGACUUCCUGAGACCAGGGGGUGAGCUGUGAGUCAUUAUCAACUGCUGCUGCUGCAGAGUCUCUUCCAGUAGGACCUCGGUUUUACGUCUCAUUGAAGGACGGAGGUUGUCUUUGUUUGAUCAGGCGUAUUUUUUCAUUGUUCAGCGCAGUCGUAUUGUAUUGUGUAUUCAGCAACUGUGAGGUGACAAAUUAGGAUCUCACUGAAAGGGCCAAAAUGUUCAGCUUGUUGUCGACUUUCACCCUGUGUGG